UCAAUAAUCUCAUGUAGUCAGUGACAAGAAAUCUUAACUGAAAGAUGUAUGUGACAAUGAAGUUUCUCUUUUUAAUUUCAAUUUUUGUUAUACGACAUGUUCGAAGUAAUAAUUUACGAUUAGAUCCUUUAGUUGAUUCUAAUGCUGGCUUAAUAAGAGGUCUACGAGCUUCUGACGGUGAUUAUUCCAUGUUCCUUGGCGUACCGUUUGCCAAAGUCAACGAGAAUAAUCCUUUUGGGAUUUCAGUUCCUUAUGAAAAAUUUGAAGGUGUAUAUGAAGCUUACGACGAUUCUUUGAUGUUAUGUCCUCAAUACGGGUCUUCUGAAGGUAAUGUGGGCAACAUUAAUUGCCUAUAUUUGAAUAUCUAUGUACCGAAUUCAGCUAGUACCCAAAAUCGAGUACCUGUAAUGGCUUGGAUUCAUGGCGGUUCAUUUGCAACCGGUAGUGGAAGAAAAAUAGAAUUCGGGCCUAAAUAUUUAUUGAAACAAGACAUAAUUUUAGUAACAAUUAAUUAUCGUCUUGGACCCUACGGUUUUAUGUGUCUAGAUAUACCAGAAGUACCAGGUAACCAAGGAUUAAGAGAUCAAUUACUAGCUUUGAGAUGGAUCAGAGAUAAUAUAGGAGCAUUUGGUGGUGAUAUUAGUAAAAUAACAUUAUUUGGAGAGAGUGCUGGUUCUAUAUCAGUAGAUUUUCACCUGUUGUCUGACUCUGAAAAUCUUUUCAAUCGUGUUAUUAUGGAGAGUGGAACAUCUUUGGCUACUAGAAUUAUGCAAACACCAGAUGAACCAGAUAAAUUUGCUCCUAUAAAAAUAGCAGAAUUCCUUGGUUUUGAAACUGACUCUGUAACUGAUGCUUUAAAUUAUCUUGCUCAGACAGAUUCUAAUUCAGUAAUUUCUGCUGCAAGAGCUUUAAAUAUGAUUUUUAAGCCAUGCGUGGAACAGGAAUUCGAUAAUGUCGAACCAUUUUUAACAAAACAUUGGAUCAGCGCAAAAAUACCAAAAGCGAGGGGAUUACCAAUACUCAUAGGAUUUAAUAAUAAAGAAAGAUUGUAUGAAUAUGUAAACGAGGGACCAGAAUAUUUUGAAGGUUUCACUUUGAUACGUGACAAACUAAAAAGUAUGUUUACUUUUGACGAAAAUGAACUUGCAGAAUUAGAGAAUAUUAUUCAUCAUUUCUAUAUGGGUGAUGAAAAAAUUAGUAUAAACUUAAUAGAAGAGAUUGCAAAAUUUGAUACUGAUUUUACUUAUUCUCAACCAAUUCAAAGGAGUAUUAGAAAAUAUAUGGAAAGCUCCUCUGGGAACAUAUAUUACUACAUGUUUUCAUAUAGUGGUGGAAGAAAUUACAAUAAAAUAAGUCUCAACUCUACUGUAGAAGGUGCGCUGCAUGCUGAUGAGUUGGGAUAUUUGUUCGAUAUGCCAUUCCUUACUGAAGAAAAUCCACAAGAUGUACUUGUAUUAAACCGAAUGACUACUAUGUGGGCCAAUUUUGCUAAAUACGGUGACCCCACACCGGAGACAUCAGAUCUACUGCCAGUCACGUGGACUCCACUGACAAAAGAUAAUUACUAUUACUUGAGUAUAGAUUCGGAACUGUCCCUAAAAUCUAGACCACUCAAUGACAGAGUUGCAUUUUGGGACUUAUUUUACAAGAUGAACAACGAAGCACAGAAAGGCUUUGAAGAAAUCUAAUAAACCUGAUGACUUAACAAUUACAUGUAAAUUCAUUCAAAUAAAUCUAAAUACGUAAGGCAUUAUAACACAU